GCUUCUCAAAGGGCAGUUGCCAACACUGGAAAACGUCUGUCAGCACGCACGAAGCGCAACGUUGAAGGCAAAUAUUAGGAUGGGUGAACAAGGACUAGGUCUAAUAAUCAUUCAGAAUGGACCGUAUCUCCAGAUAACAAGUCUCGUUGAGAAAAGCUCUGCAGCUCAAAAUGGAAGGCUAAAACCAGGUGACAUUCUAAUAAAAAUCGGACAUGCUAAUGUGUUAGGAUGGACUCUGCGAGAGCUGAGGCAACUCUUGCACAAUAUUCCAAUAGGAACUAGUCUACAAAUCAGGGUUUACAGAGAUUUUCUUGAAGUACCUCAACACUGGCAAAGUGUGGCUGACUUAAUUCCUGAAGUAAAGCUUCCUACGACAGCAGACACAUCAGGUGAAGACACUGAGGACAAAAAUGACACCAGGACCAGUAGCGAUGAUGAUGUAGACUUGGAAACUUUUCAGUAUAAAUCUUCCCAAUCAUCAUGUUAUGAGUUCACCCAUAAAUUACCAUCACUAUCCAAAACUUGGCACGCAUCUGAUACAAGCCACACACUUACAGUAGGCAAAGACAUUGGAUGUGACAUUAUACUUCAUAAUGACACUGAUGCAUUGGGCAAUUCUGAAUUCAGUACUAGUGGCAUUAGAUCUACUUCAUACCGGACUAUGGAAAAGAACGAGACCAGUUCCUCUUCCUCCUGCUCUUCCGUAUCAGAUGCAUUCUGGCUGGAAGAAUUUGGCUUUCCUUUGGAAUAGCUCAAAACCUGACUUCUUCAAAACCUAGAUGUCGGAAGCCGUAUUAUACCUGUUCAUUUUUAAUACUGGACCAUGAAGUUUAUUACAUUGGAAGAUGAUGGUGAACCGUGCUUAGACUUCCAGAAAUCUGAGCAUCCUAGGAUAUUUAAAACAAUACAGUAGCCACACAAAGCUGUCUCUUCUAGCAGUACCCUCCCUACUGUCUACCCAUGCUACUUGUGGAGAAGACAUUCAAAUGCAUCACCUUGGCUAGUCCUACAAAAGUAAGGCAUGCAAGCUCUAAGAAGCUAAAAUA